GGAAUAGAUCUUGAAAUUGAUUGCAAUCUGUUUCAAUUUUAUGCGUUAAUAUUGUUUUCAUUCUUGAAGUCAAUGGCUACUACAUAUUCCAUAUAAUGAAUUAUUAAAAAAAAAAUUCGGAAUGUUACAUGCGUGUCCGACCUCGUGCUUUGAGAAGUCGAACGGACACAGGAUAAGCUUGAAGAGAAAGGCGAGCAAAAAUCGGGGCUCCAUGCUGGCUGCCACGGCGAACUGCUAAGCGGCACGCAAGCAGGCAGUCAGACGUUUGUAGCAGACAACAUGGCGCCGAGAGCUUCGUCGUCACGCCGGCGUGACGUUUCCCGCGCGCGUCAUUAACGGAAGUGAGCCUACAAAAUGGCGGAAUUUUACGGCACUGAGGUGUGAAAGGGAAGAGAGAAAGGAGCGGAGGGGGAGGGCGUCUGUGCCUGCGGGCAGUUAGGUAGGCGAUCGAGGCAGAAUGAUGAGAGAUCCCGUAGAAAGAGAGGAGGUUAGGUUGGUGGCAUAGAGAAAGAAGAAUGACUGGUAGCCGCCUUCGGCGGUAGACUAGCGCGCUGUACGAAUGGGGCAACGAUGUGUCGAGGGGGCGACCAUUAGAUAGAAAGAGGGAAAACGACGUAAGCGAUACGUUGAACGCAGAUAGCGCUAAACGAAGUGACGAGUGGGGAUACAUAGAGGAGAGGCCGGGAGUGCGAGGAGAAAGGCUCGAGGGAACGAGAGAGUGAGAGAUGGCGAUAGAGCGGAGGGGAAAGACCAGUGAGAAGCAGCGGCAGACUCGCCGGUGGGGAUGAAAAUUAGUUACGGCAUCCAAGACCUAAAAGGAACUCCGGCGCCGCACGGUCAGAUCGCAUCGUGCAAUGUUAAGCGUUAAGGUAGUCUCGUGCGUCGUUGACAGUGCCGGUUUCGAAAUUUGUAGUAACUAUUACCGACAUUGUCGUUAUACUCGUGGUCGACGUAACAGCCAUUGCUACACGUGCGAAAAAGUUAUGUGUGUGUAAUAUUAAUAAAUAAAACCUUAUGACGUGAGUGAGAUGCUCAGUGAGGAUAACUCAGUGAAAAUGAUUCAAUCGAAGCAUCAACAAUCAGUGCAUCAGCAACACCAACAGCAGAAUAUGCGAAAAUCUGUGGGCGUUAUGGGCACCAGACGUAUCUUUACAACAGGCUUUAAAAUUAAGGUGCUGGAUUCCUAUAGGCACGACAAAGACUGUCGGCAGAAUCAGCGUGCUACUGCGAGAAAAUACAAUAUUCACCGUCGUCAAAUACAAAAAUGGCUGCAAUGUGAGGAGCAGCUCAGAAAUAGCGUAGAAAAUGGGAAUGCUGGGGCCGUUUCGUCGGCAACUGCUUCUCCUCCGGUUACUAAAUCGGAAAGUACUGUGACGGAAGCCACAGGGAAUACCGUGACUCCAGCAACGCCGGCCUUGAACCUCAACCUCGCCAGACAGCACGGCGACGAGCUGACUACACAGCAAGGGCCCCCACCUUCUCAUCCUCCGCAUGGCAGUGCACCCUCCUCGCCCCAAUAUAACAUUCAGACUACUACCACCAGCACGGUUUUGCCCUUACAUCUAACAUCUGUGGGCUAUCAAGAAUAUUCACCAGAACAACGUCUUCGUUUGUUCGAAGAAGACAGAGUUCACAUAUCGGAUGUUCAUGGGUACUCAGACACGCAAGUCGAUCAGGAUCGUAAUUAUUAUGUAUUAAAUGGAGAUGGACAGCGAGAUGCGGAAGUAUCUUCAACGUUCGGUGGCAGGAACGAGGUGAAGGUAUAUCAAACUUUGACGAGUUACCAUUCACCACAUCAGGAGCAUCGAUACAACAUAGACGAUAUCAGUAAUGUGGCGCGUAAUCAUUCACCGAAUCAUCAUCCGCAGCAACGAGAGCAAAGUUAUGGGAAUGUCGAUUCAUUCGACGGGAGAUCGUAUAGCCUGCUACUAGCGCCGUCGAUGAUAAAGACAGAGCCAGCGAGUCCAGACAUAGCGGCGACGUCAGGCCUGUACGAACCGACGGGCUCUCCCAGCGGCCCACGGGCCCCACUCUCGCCGGAGGUAUCGCAUCGAGGCGCCGAUAGCGGUGGCUCUUCGUCGUCCGUUCACUUCGUUGAUUGUUCACGAGCUCCUACGAGCCCGUACUUGCACGUGCACGCGCAUGAGCACGCACACACGUGUCCGCUAGAUUCCGAGAAGCCGAUCCUAUCGCUCCUGCAUGAGCAAAAGAGAGAGUCGGAGGAGACAACGCAGCAUACCGAAGAGAAGAGAGAGGAAGAAGUACAGGAGGAGGCAGAAUACUGCAGGACGUUGAUCAAAGAAGAAGUAAACUUGGGCGAGGAAGAGGCGUAUGACGAGGGGGAAGAAGUAACUGCAUCUUCGUGCGUCGACUAUCAACGACCACCUGUUGGCGGGUCGUCGCCAGAUAGUUUAGGACCGGUAAGCCCUACGAUCGCAAUAUACGAUCGCAAUGGUUACUCCUUGCCUUCGAGUCCUCGUGAUUCUGCUAGCGCUGCAAGAUCUAGAAACAGCUGGUCGGAUAGCGAGGCGGAUCCUCUCUCAAUUAACAGCUCGAAUUCAUGCGGCAGUUUUACUCGCAGACGAUCUUUUCCCCUGCGUUUUAAACUUGACGUACUCGAUGCUUUCCAUCGGGACGAGGAGGUAAAGGAAAAUCAACGAGCUACCGCGAGAAAAUUUGGUAUAAAUCGUCGUCAGGUACAAAAAUGGCUGGAACAAGAGGCGGAUCUCAGGGACGAGAUCGCCCUUCGAGGUGAUUCGCGUCAACGGUUGGGCCCUAUCCAGGAUGUCGCUUCUAACAGUGGUCAUCAGUAUGACUCACCAUUGGAUCUGACGACGACGAGUUACGCUUCGUUACGAGUUACGAAUUGUAUUUCGUUGUUGCGUGACCGACUUGAGAUGGAAUCAUAUGAACCAUUGCCAGCGCAGAACUUGGAUCGCGACGUUGGUUUAAUUUCUUUUCUACAUCCCAUAAAUUAUCAACACUGCACUGUAAUAGAACCAUCUUCCGAGGCCUGCAGCAAUCUAUCUUGCUCCGUAGACAGUCAUACUACAAUGUCGACGACGUCUUCUUAUCAAGAGUUGUCUUUAAGAGACUCCUGUUACGCAGAGCCUUCGAUUAAAACAUAUUGUCAUGCGUCCAGAGCAAAUUCCGUGGUUUCUAAUUUUUCUGAAGGAUGCGAGCAAAGAGUUUCACCUCUGAAGAGACAGCAUUGUACGUUUGCUUCCUGCUACGAUUCGAUGUCGUCGCCGAAGAGAUUCUGCGAAAGGAUCUCAGAUGUGGACGACACAUACGAUGUACCUCAAGAUACGCCUCUUUGUCUUGUAAAACCGAAAUUAUCGCGGGAGCUUUCUCGAACGGAACGUUUGACAAAAGCGAUCGAUCAAUCAAUCAGUACUGUAUCAACUUCGAAUAAUCCUGAUGCCAUCACUUUCAAGCCUUACCUAGAUAAUCCUGUGAGUAAACCUAUGAAGAAGUGCGCCGUCCAGCACGACUUAUCUCCUAUUAGCAAUUAUAAUAUCAACAACAAUAACAAUGAUAAUAAUUGCCAGAUAAUUUGUAAUUUUAACGAGAAAAAAAAUCCUAAUUACGGUGUCAAGCUUAAUCUGCAAGUUCCUUGGACAUCUAAUUUUUUGGGCCUUAGGCAUCGAGUAUUGCCGAGUGCCUUUGUUAGCGUGUCCUCACUCCACAGAUAACUUCCUGUCGGACCCUCCCCCCCCCACUGUUGAUGAUCAAUUGCUGACAGUGGAAAAAACACUACAGGCUCGUAUAAUGACCGUCAGUCAUAUUCAUAUUUGUCUCAUUUCAUUCUAUAUAGAUACAUUGUUUUAAAUAAAAAAAAA